AAAAGACCCGAGGAGACUAUAAAACUGGUUUCAUGCCCGCUGCUGGAAAGACUCUGUUGGAUAUGAGCACGGACAGACGGAGGUAGGCAGAGCACACAGAGAGGGAAGGACAACACACACUUGUGUUCAAGGUUCACUUUCAAAGGAGGCAAACGAGAAGCGUGAGUCCUUUGCGUGUGUAGUUCUUUGUAGCUCUGUUAGGACUGAAGGAGUUGCUCUUGUACAAAUGAGUCAGUGUCAUACAUCCUCAUUUCCAAGUGUGUAUUUUCUACUUUAGUGAAAAGGAUGCGCGUCCUCUUCAGCCUACCGGGUGCAGUUUGACACAUCUCCCCUCCAAGCUGGACUCGACAAAUUUCUAACCGGAGCAAUUUGGACACGUUAAAAACUUCCCUGGCCACACUUUUGAUGCCACGGAAAUGGGACCGCACCAUCGGGAGAGCGUGUCCGCACUAUGCAGAAAAAGUUUGCUUUGGACUGUGCUGAUACUCUGGCUGGCCACGUUUGUUAACGGGACCUGGAAGACGGGACUUUACAAAACAUAUUCAGCCGGGAGGCAGCUGAGCAGAGACCAGGCAGCAGCCGCUCACACCUCAAUCUAUCAGAAAAGGAACUGGUGUCCUCAUACAGUCACUAAGACAGUGACCUGCCAGGUGCAGAACGGGACAAUCCUCCAGCGGGUUUACCAGACAUGCCGCUGGCCACAGGGAUGCUCAGGAGGCAGCUACAAGACAGUGGUCAGACCUUCGUACAAAAUGGUAUACCGCACUGUUACUUCUCUAGAGUGGAAAUGCUGUCCAGGAUUCAGUGGCACCGCCUGUGAGGAAGAUGCAGGGAACCAGCUUGUCGCCCAAGAGGCUGUUAGGAAACCCUCCAUGGUACGGCGCCCGCCUGCUCGCACAGGAGAGCCUAUCUCAAAUUGCCUCAACUGCAGCAGAAUCACAGCUUUGAGUGACAGGCUGAACUCACUCGAGGCAAAGGUGCAGUUGCUCACAGCACCGGCUGCCAUAUCACAUCGUAACAUUCAGAGUAAAGGAGGAACUGCUCCAGAGGCCUCAUUACUGAUUGGGGCAGUGCCCGCUCAGGGAGCCCCUGGUGAGCAGGGACCUGCAGGUCCUCAAGGUGAAAAGGGGAGAGAUGGGCUUCCUGGAAGAGAUGGGAAGCCAGGAUCUCGAGGGCUGCCAGGUCCCAGUGGGCCUCGGGGGGAGGCAGGGCCAAGGGGUCCAUCUGGAACCCCUGGAUCAAAAGGAUCUCCGGGAUCAAUAGGCCCCCGUGGUCCAACAGGACUCCCAGGAGAAAGUGGUCUGCCAGGUCCGCCUGGACCGCCAGGACCUCCAGGUCCUCCAGGACCACCAUCACCUCCUAGUGCCCACAUCCCAGAGCCAGACCACAAUCGUGGAAAAGACCCUUUCUUCACCAACACUUUCCAUGACUCACAACGUUUGCCUGUUCCAGGACCUCAGGGUCCUCCUGGACCCAUCGGUCCCCCAGGCCCUAGAGGCCCAGUAGGACCUCCUGGCCCCCAAGGACAGAAUGGGAGACCUGGAGCUCUUGGAGCGCAGGGCCCAGUGGGGCCAAAAGGAGAACGUGGAGAGAGAGGUCCUUUAGGUUACCCAGGAGAAAGGGGAUUCAGAGGCGAGCCGGGAACUCCAGGUCCCAAAGGAGAGCCAGGAGAGAAGGGCUUACCGGACAUUAGCUUGCAGAUGAUCCUCGACUUGCAGGCAGACCUUGAGCUUCUGGCUCGCAGGGUGACUCUGCUGGAGGCUAUCAUCUGGCCAGAGCCGGAUCUAGGGUCUGGGGAUGGACCGUUUGGCACAACCUCCCCUAGUUUCUACAGAGAUAAGAGAGCAGGUGUACUUCCACAUCGAGUUGGUUCCCCUCUGUCCUCCAACCCCAAGGUUCGAGGGGAAUAACCCCACGCUCACCCUGAGGAUCACAGGCUGGGUUGACUUCCUUUCCUAUAGGUCUCAUCGGCACUCAACAGAUUCAGACCGUAUCUGGUGCCCAGUCUGGGCUUUAUCAUCAGAUUUAGGAUGAGGAACACCUCAGGGAAACUCUGCCGAUACUCCACAUUGCCCUGCUACAUUGAUAACCUGACAACUACUUUCACCAUCUCCCAUUGCCAUAACCAAACCCUUAGAAAAUGCUCUGAAUAGCUGCUUAUGUAUUUCAUGUUUUUUUUUACAGAACUAAAGAAAAUUAACAAAAAUUAUGUUUGAAAACAAAAAAAAAGGAAAAUCUGAAUCCUCUAUGGUGCUCCCUGAACUAUAAAUUGU